GAAGGUGGAGUCAGGUGUGUCAGGUGACUCAGGCAUGUCUGCCCUGACGCCUUCACAGACCGCUGAGCUUCACUUCCUGCGUUCACGGGUUCGAGAGCUAGAGCGCGAGAAGGCGGAGCUGUCGGCGGAGAACCAGAGGCUGAACAACAUGCUGGUUCAUGAGAUCCCUGGGCUUCUGUCCACCAUGUGGCAGACGCUGGGCCAGGUCAACAGUCAUCACUCAGUCUCCAUGGCAACAGGCAGGACCGACAGUUACACUUCGUACUCGCAUCACCACCACACAGCGACCAAUCAGGACAGAGACUUCAGUCCCCAGGUCCACGUCCAGCAGGUCCAGGAGGAGGUGGGCGGGGACCUGUUGGAUUCCUGGGGCCCGUUGGGCUCCGAGGACGAGGAGGUGCCGGACCUGGGCCUGGGGAGCCACAUGGGGGAGGAGGCGCCGCUCUGCAGCCAGACCGACAUGGAGGAGCUGAGGAGGAGCUGUUCCGAGAGCCAGUGUACCGCUGGACACAUCAACGGACAGGCGAGCCAGGUGGAGGUGUAUCCGGGCUCUGGUGUUCUCUGUGAUGUCCGCUCAUGGCAGGCAGCCAAUCAGGCGCCGUCUCCCACGGCAAUGGCGCGGUUGCUGCUGCUGGGAGUGUUUGAUAUGAACACCCUGAUGAACAGCAACCUGCGAGGCGGGCGGAGCCGCCGACCCGCCUUCCACCCACAGCGCAGCGCUCUGGACCCGCACAAGAUCAAUGCCAUCUUCAAUGCCAUCUUGGCUCGGUUUCCUCUCGCCAAGCGAGGAGUCAUUGGCUCUGGCAUCAACUCCAAACUGUCAGAGAUCCGUUUCCGCUCCCGGAGAGCCAAUCGAGACCCCCGAUUCCUCUGACAGACAGCUAGACGGCUUCUCCCAUGUCACUGAAGAAUGUCCAAUGAAAAGGCAGCAGUGUGGAGCUGCUCGAUCAAUGAGCAGCUGUCGCUCUGACGGACGGUUUAGUUUCAGGUCAGGUCUGGUUCUCACCCCGCUGAGUCAGCCGCUUUGUCGCCAUGACGACCUCUGGGAAAGCUGUACGUUGGCAUGACGAUCACAUGACCGACUACAUUAGAACCACAAAAGGACACAACACGACCGCAAAGAGACGCAACACAACCUCAAAGAGACGUAGCAUGACCUCAAAGAGACACAGCACGACCUCAAAGAGAUGCAUGACAACCCUUGAAGGGACACAAAAAGACAACAAAGAGACGCAACACAACCUCAAAGGGACGCAGCACAACCUCAGAGACACAAGAACACAACAAAGAGAAACAACACGACCUCAAAUAGAUGCAACACGACCACAAAAACGUAAAACUACCACAAAGAGACGCAUGACAACCCUUGAAGAGACACAAAAAGACAACAAAGAGAUGCAACACGACCACAGAGAGACAUAACAACCACAGAGACAAAACGACCUCAAAGAGAUGCAACACGACCUUAAAGAGAAACAAAACGACCACAGAGACAAAACAACCUCAAAGAGAUGCAACACGACCUCAAAGAGAAACAAAACAACCACAGAGAGACAAAACAACCUCAAAGAGAUGCAACACGACCACAGAGCCACAA